AUGAUCGCUGCUGAAAAUCAGUCCUCGUGUUCGCGUGCCGGCUCCAGGCUGGGGCAGUACGAGGAGGAGGUAGCGGGCGACGGAAGCGUGGCGGGCGGGGCUGAAGGUGGUGGAGCGGUUGCGACCACUACCUCGGACAACCUCCCCCCCCCCCCCCCCCCAGUAAUGAACAAAGGGGAACAGCAGGCGCCACAAAACGGAAGCUCUCCAAAAGAAUCUAUCGUCGCGGCGACAACAGUAGCUACACCUAGCGGCGUCGCGGCGUCGACCAGGGCGGUGAAUAAUACCACGACGAGCACCACGACGUCGAUGACGAUGCCUGGUGGAGGCGCUCGUAGCGACGAGGAACAGGAGGAGGAGGAGGAGGAGGCCGAGGAGGAGGAGGAGGACGACGACGACGAGGAGGUGGAGGACGAGGAGGAUGGAGUGGAAGUGGAGGGUGGAGCGGCGCAGGAGGCGGUCGGUGGCGGCGGCGGUGGUCUUCUCGCGAACGAGGGUGGGGGUGGAGGCGGCAUGGCCGGCUUCUGGAGGCAGAGCAGACCCUCCAGUCCCCGCAUGCCGCCUCCGGAGCAGCCGGAGCACAGGCCUAAGAGCCGACACGAGCCGGCGUCCGCGAGAUACAACAACCUCGGCUACUGGAGGGCCAGACGUGUCACUUUCUACAAGAAUGGCGACCCAUAUUUUCCCGGGAUCGAGUUCAGGUUCAAGCCGGGCCGGGACAUUGGUUCUCUGGAGGCCCUACUGGACAGGCUGUCGCUUCGAAUGGAUCUGCCAAGAGGGGCGCGACACAUCUUCUCCAUGGACGGGGACCGGAAGCUCACCCUCGACGAACUUGAGGACGGUGCUUCUUACGUUGUGUCCAGCUACAAAACAUUUAAGCCGGCCAGCUACGGAAAGAAGAGCAACACCUGGUACACCAGUCCAUCCGGUGGAGGGAACAGAGGCGGAGCGGGAGUCGGCGGUAGUGUCGGUGGUUGGCAGAGCAGACCGCCAGCGGUGGCCAGCCUUAGCAGAAAAGCUUCCAUCACCGACGAGGCACCACCCCCCGGGGGUGGAAAACCUUCCUCCGGACGUGUCAUACGGAUCGUCAACAACCACGAUCACACUGUCCAGUGCCGUGUCCUGCUGACCCUCCGCACGUCACAGCCGUUCGAGGAGGUAUUGGAGGACCUUGGACAGGUGCUGAAGAUGAACGGAGCCAAGAGGAUGUUCACAGUGUCCGGUCAGGAGGUGAGGAGUUUCUCGCAGCUGAGGAACGAGUUCGCGGACGUGGACACAUUUUACCUGGGCACCGGCACCGGUAUAGGAAUCGUCGGCGCGGUGACAGCGUCCCCAGCGAGACGAUCUAGAUCGAGGGGCCCGCCAACAGUGGUCGAGGACAUUGGUCGUCAGAGACGUGCCCGUAGCAAGAGCAGACCCAGGGCUUUGUACGCCCCCGACUCUGACGUCGUCCGAGUAAACGAUUACAGUGUAGUGGAAGUGUUGCGGGAGGAGCCAGCGAAGGUGACGAUCCGUGGCCUGAGACGUUCGUUUUAUCCGCCCUCUCAUCUGCCCCCGGUGGACAACUCGCCGCCGGACAAGAAGUUGCAACUCGAAUGGGUUUUCGGGUAUCGGGGCACCGAUACACGACGAAAUCUCUGGGUUCUGCCCAGCGGCGAGCUUCUCUAUUACGUCGCUGCCGUGGCUGUUCUCUUCGACCGAGAGGAAAAUGCACAACGGCACUACGUGGGCCACACGGAGGACAUUACGUGCAUGGAGGUUCACCCAAGCAGGGAGCUGGUCGCGUCGGGGCAAAAAGCCGGGAGACACAGGAAAGCACAGCCACACGUUCGCAUAUGGUCGACAGAGACCCUCCUCACCCUUUACGUGUUCGGGAUGACUGAGUUCCAGAUGGGCGUCUCGGCGUUGGCGUUCUCGCAGCUGAAUGGGGGCAGUUAUGUGUUGGCGGUCGACGCUGGCAGGGAGGCGAUACUCUCGGUGUGGCAGUGGCAAUGGGGUCAUUUGUUGGGCAAAGUGGCGACCAUGCAGGAAGAUUUGACCGGGGCGGCGUUUCAUCCCCUCGACGAUAAUCUACUGAUCACGCACGGUCGGGGACACUUGACGUUCUGGAAUCGACGGAAGGAUGGUUUCUUCGAGAGGACGGACAUUAUUAAACCGCCAUCUCGCACCCACGUGACGAGCAUACAGUUCGAGCAAGACGGGGAUGUCGUGACAGCGGACAGCGACGGUUUUAUCACGGUCUAUUCCGUGGAUGCCGAUGGCGCUUACUUCGUUCGAAUGGAGUUCGAGGCGCACAACAAAGGCAUUAGCUCCCUGGUCAUGUUGUCGGAAGGCACAUUGCUCUCGGGGGGUGAGAAAGACCGAAAAAUCGCCGCAUGGGACUCUCUGCAAAAUUACAAACGUAUCACCGACACGAAGCUCCCGGAAGCAGUAGGGGGUGUACGUAGUAUCUAUCCCCAGCGACCGGGAAGAAACGACGGUAACAUAUAUGUGGGCACCACGAGGAACAAUAUUUUGGAAGGAUCACUUCAGAGAAGAUUCAAUCAGGUGGUCUUUGGCCACGGUAGACAGUUAUGGGGACUCGCGGUGCAUCCUGACGAUGAGGUGUUCGCCACCGCGGGUCACGAUAAGAAUAUCGCUCUGUGGCGGAGACAUAAACUUUUAUGGACGACGCAGGUCGGUUUCGAAUGCAUCUGCAUAGCAUUCCAUCCAUUCGGUGUGGCGCUUGCCGCCGGAUCCUCGGAGGGUCAUCUUCUGGUCCUGGCAGCGGACACUGGAACAGCUGUGGCUACUCUCAGAGUCUGUGGAUCACCUUUAUCCUGCAUCGGCUACAACCCAACCGGCGAGAUCAUAGCAAUGGGGUCUCAGAACGGGAGCGUGUAUCUCUUCAGAGUGUCCAGAGACGGAUUCUCGUACAAGAAGAGCAACAAGAUCCGCGGAACGCAGCCGUUGGUUCAGCUGGACUGGAGCUCGGACAGCAGGUUCCUUCAGACUGUCACGCAGGACUACGACUUGGUGUUCUGGGACGUAAAGGCCUUGUCCUCGGAAAAGAGUCCACUGGUCAUGAAAGACGUCAAAUGGUACACUCACAAUUGCAUGGUCGGUUACAUGGUGUCCGGAAUGUGGAACAACCGUUACUAUCCACUGACGACGGUGUUGACCACGUCGAGUAGAUCGGCUGCCCAUGACAUGCUAGUCAGUGGCGACGCCGAAGGGUACCUGAGGCUUUUCAGGUACCCGUGCACCAGCGCCAAGGCGGAGUACGUUGAGGAGAAAGUGUACAGCUCGCUGGUGGCGUGCGCCAGGUUUCUUUACAACGAUCAGAAUGUCGUCACCGUCGGUGGAACCGACGCCGCGCUGAUGCUUUGGGAACUGGUCGACGAAUAA